AUGCAACAACAGGUAACAGAUGUGGCUGAGGAGCGUUCAACGAGGCUGCAAAGUUGGUCAGAUGGAACAUCAUCUCUGUCUUUGGGUUGGCCUCCCAGAUCAGGAACCGUGGAGAGUCCGCGCGCGUCAUAUCCUUGGCAAAUAGGCGGAUGGUGGCUCACCUGCUCCACCAGAACUCUGUACCCCUGGUCCGGACGCGCGUACUCAAACGUUUCGCCAAGAAGCGGGUUGAACGGCUUGGCAAUCCGCCCCACGGUGGAAACGUACUCCGAAGCCGCAAACGCUGCAACGUAUAUCAUCCGCGUCACAGAGUCGUCGAUCGACGCAGCCUUAUCCAAAAGACUUGCGUACUCCAUCACCUCGGUACUCCGCUGCAGCAACGACGUUGGCUCGUUGAAAACAACAGGCAGAGUCAUCUUGGUCAUGUCCUUCCCAACCAUCGACCGCAGAACACUCCACAGCGAGAUCUUGGGUCUAUUGUCUUCCUUUUGCAAAGUGGUCCGGAUUGGGUCCUCGUACCCCAUGAAAGUGGCCUCCGAGUUGAUCUUGUCGUAUCUCUCGAGCUGCUUGUUGUUCUUGAGCGGGAAUCCAUUCACAACAACCGAGUCUGAGCCCUUGAUCUCCUCGGGCUCGUUGAUCACCGUUUUCUCGGUGCGUGCGUCGUCGGCAGCGCCAGCUGUCUGCUCAGACGAGUCGGCCGAUGCAUCCUCUCUCGCCUGCGCCACGGGAACGGUCUCACUGCCCGCUUCCGCAGGCUCCGGACCACUUUCAGACCCAUCGUCCUCCGCAUCGAAAAACUCCUCGUCAGACUCCUCUUCUUCUCCCAAGAAAAGCAUUAUCUGGUUAGGUUCCUCAGACUCUGGUUCAUCAACUUUGUUCUGCGGAGUCUCGGUCGGAGCAGCUUCCGAAACAGCACGAACAAUAUUUGGAUUGCUCUUCAAAGAUUUCUUAAGUCCGUGCAAUUUAUCCUCCAACUCCACAAUCUUUUGCUCGCGAGACUGCAUCUCCAAUUCCAGCCGCUUGAGCGUGUGUUCCCAGAUUUUCGAGAUUUCCUGCUGUCUGUCGAUCACCUUGCCGAACUUGGUCUCGUACUUGGUGAUGAGCUCCGAUUGCGUGUCCGACAGAUUCGUCAGGUUCGAAAGCACGUUCAUGGCCACCUCGAUGACUUGA